UUGUAGAAAAAUGGAGGAUCGAAAGCAGACAAGCUUCACGUUUGAGAUAGAUAACUUCUGGGACAAGGAAGCUUUGAUACGUUCACCAAAUUUCUUUAGUGGAGGCUGCCAAUGGUUUGUUGAUGUUUAUCCCAGAGGAUGCGGUAUUGAAGAUCACUUGUCUACGUUCCUCUGUGUUGCAAAUCCUGAAUCAUUGCUACUUGAAUGGAAAAGAAGAGCUAUUCUUUCAUUAAUUCUAUUAAACGUAUCCGGCAAAAGACUCUACAGAACAUAUAGAGAUGGACCACCGUGCAAAACUUUCUGCGCUCAGUUUCCAGCAUGGGGUUGGGCAGAUGCCAUGCCUCUUGAAAUGCUUCAGGAAAAUGGGUUUAUGGAGAAGAACAAACUGAUAGUCCAAGUCAACGUACAAGUAGUUGAAGUUGUUGAUGAAGCAGAAGUUACUGGGAAGGAGACAUUAGAUGUCAAUGGUUUCCAAGUUCUUUAUAGUGAGGUUGGUCAAGUGACUACUAUUUUCGCGAAGCACCCGGACGUUGCCUUAAAUUUCAUACCAAAGAGCCAAUUGGUGAAGACAGUAUACAUGAAACUCCUCAUGUUUCUCAUUGAGAAACUGAACAAGCCUCCACGUAGCUUCAUCAAGAAUGAAUUAAGCAACGCUCGCAUGGAGUUGAUAGAUCUAACAAAAGCAGGGUUCAAGCUAGACUGGUUGAAGGAAAAGCUUGAUGAGAUUUCCUUGGAGCGGAAGAAAGCAAAUGGUGAUGGUUCCUUGAGUUCUUAUGGUUUUCGAGUCCAAGAACUCGAGGAACAAGUUAAGAAUCUCAACCUUAAACUGGACACAGAAAAGGUCAAGUCUGCUAAAGUUUUGUCGCUGGAACAGACGGUGUCGGAUCUCAGAGAUGAGCUGAGCAAGGAAAAAACCAGAUCUACUACUACUACUAAAGACGUGCUUGAGGGAGUUAUUCGCUCUUGGGAAGUAUUGGAUUACCCGGAUCUCAGUAAUGAAGAGGUAGGAUAAGG